GGACUGGGACAUAGAUAACUGGUCACCCACUGUUCAUGGUUCUUACGUGUUUCUUCUCCUAUGAACAUGUCGGAUUCACAAAAUGAGGUCGCCUAGACUAUGGAAACUUCUUCUCUUUGGUAUCGUGGCCGUCACAUUGCUUAAUACUUUUAUACUAUUCUCUUGUAAAUUAUCAGAUUCAGGCUGCAUUUUAACAAAUACACAACGCCAAGACAGUCCAAAUUUACUUCCUCAUGAAUCACAAGUAAAGAAUCCUGAGAAGUCAGUUAGAGAACCCAUCAAACCACAGGUAGACCAAUCAAAGCAUGAUGCUAGAAGACCCAGCCAUGCAGAUAACAAUGGUAAACUGGCCAACCACCCACAGGUAGCAGAUCAGGCACUAGAGAAAGGAAAGCUUCCAACUGUCCACAGACGUGAUAGUCAAGAAAACAAAGAUCAGGGUGUUGUUAAUUAUGAAGAAUGGCGAAAAGGGAAGCCGAACCCAGACAUGAUCAAGCGAGGAACCUCUGACGAUUCCAAAUCCAACCUUAACAAUGUACUUAUAAGUGGGUUUCCUCGGAGCAACCAAGCGUUUCUAGUUAUCGGCGUGCCAACCGUCAAGCGUGCGAAGGUGAGCUAUCUGGCUCAGACCAUCCGAGACCUGGUGAGCGGGCUAGACGAGGAUGAGCGCAACGAGGUGAUUAUCGUGGUGUUUAUCACCGAUUUUGAUACCGACGCCAUAAGGUCCGUCGCCGACGACCUGAACAAGAAAUUCCCAAGUGAGCUCGACUCUGGUCUUGUUCGUGUGAUUCAAGCGGAGAGAUCCUUCUAUCCAAGUCUCUCCAAGGUGCCCAAGUUGUGGGGCGACAGUCCUCAAAGGGUACACUGGCGCUCAAAGCAGUGCUUGGACUAUGCCUUCCUGUUCAAAUAUUGCCAAGAUCUGGGCCAGUAUUACAUGCAGAUUGAGGAUGACGUCACCACAUCCAAGGAUUACCUGAAGCGCAUUAAGGAGACUAUCGCGAUGAACAAGCGUCGCAAAUGGUCCAUUCUCGAGUUUGGCGCCAGAGGCUUUAUAGGCAUGAUGUAUCGGGCUGAGGAUCUUGGCAGAUUGUCGCGAUUCGUGAAGAUGUACCACUGGGUAUUCCCCGUGGACUUGCUCUACAGACAAUUCAAUGAUUUUCAUCUCUAUGGCAACCCUCAGUGGGCUCGCUACAAACCGCCAUUAGUGCGUCACGUGGGUGCGUUCUCGAGUCUUGACGGGCAGGUGCGGAAGUUGGAAGACAUCAAACCUGGAUUCCGUGCGUAUACAGAUAGCGAUAACCCGCCGGCGAGGCUCACCACGUCGAUGCUUAACACCGUACAUCGCACGCGUAUCACCUCGCCAUACGACACGCGAAGACACGGCAUCUUCUGGAGCCGUGACGUUGAGAAAAUGGACUAUGUGCUUAUCGAGUUUGAACAGCCUGCUCGCGUGCGUAAGGUUAUCAUAGACUCUGGCAGUCCAAACGCACCCGAGGACUAUUUUGGCGGGGCUACACUCGAGUACAGUGCUGGCGACGAAAUCGGGGAGUGUCGAGAAUUCAAGACGUGGAAAACAUUCGAAGAUCAGCCGCAGCUAAUAGUCGAGAGCGAGGAAGAUGGGGUUGUGUGCAAGUGUAUUAAGGUGGUUAUCACUGAUGUUCGCAAGGACAAACACAAGAAAGUGCGAUGGCUUGUGAUUCGUGAAAUAGCCGUGUGGACCAAGCAUAUUGCUAUCACAGGAAAACCCGCUAGAUAGCACGAUCUGGAUUAAGCUCAAGUGCGUUUAGGUGGUGCGCGGGGACAAACACAAGAAAGUGCGGUGGCGUUUGAUUCUGGAUUUAGCCAUGUGGAGCAGGCAUACUACUAACACAGGAACCCCGAAACGUUAAGGUGGUAUGCAGGGACAAACACAAGAAAGUGCGGUGGCUAUUGAUUCGUGAUGUAGCCGUGUGGAGCAGGCAUACCACGCAAAAAGUGUGGUGGCGUUGGGUUACCGUGGAAGUGCCGUUUGUUGAAGCAGUUUUAGCUAACAAACAUAAAUGAAGCAAAAACGGAAAAAAAUAUUUUUUAUUUAUUUUUUAAAAAGGAUCCUUGCUAGCCAAGGUUUCUUGAAAAUUUAUAAAACAAUUUUCUUAAAUUUCACAAAUAUGUCAAAAUCACAAAUGUUUUCCUCAAGAAUUUUAUUAAACACAAAACUCUAAGCUUGA